GCCAACGCUCAUCGGCCCCACCCGGCCAGGACCAGGGUCCCGAGGAUGCUGCAGCCGCGGAGGUGGGACCUGCAUGCAAAGGCCAGCGCCCCCCUCGCGGAUUGGGCACAAGCACGACAGGAGCCUCGCGAUUGGCCUGUCGCAAUGCAGAGGUGGGGCCUGAUUCCUGCAUUGGGGCCUCGGGGACACAGCUAAAGCCAGAGAAGCUGCAGCUGGGGGCGAUGGCUGCUCCAAGCCCUGGGUCCCGAGAGAUCCUGGCCUCUUCCCUGGAGGCUGGAAACAGGGCAGUUGCCUCAGGGAAUCCCCGUGGCCUCUUGUGGCGCCUUCGAGACAAGCAGAAUCGAGUGGGCCUGUUUGAGAUCAGUCCAGGGCAUGAACUGCAUAGGAUGACACGGAUGAUGCAGGAAGGACUGUGGGCUGCCACCCAGGUCUCCAUGGAUAACCCACCCAAGGGACCUCCCACCCAGAAGGAUUUCUCAGAAGUCAUGACCCAGGUUCACGAAGAGGGCUUCGAGCUGGGCACCCUGGCUGGCCCAGCUUUUGCACGCCUGAGAAGAUACCUAGGCUUGACUGAAGAAGACUAUCAGGCUACUCUGGGCCCCGGUGGCCCCUACCUUCAAUUUCGCAGCACCUCCAAGAGCAAAGCCAGCUUCUUCCUGUCCCAUGACCAGCGCUUCUUCCUGAAGACCCAGAGGCGCCAGGAAGUGCAGGUGCUGCUCGCCCACCUACCCCGCUACGUGCAGCACCUGCUGCGGCACCCACACACGCUGCUGGCUCGGUUGCUGGGAGUGCACAGUCUGCGAGUGGCUCACGGGAAAAAGAGGUACUUCAUCAUCAUGCAGAGCGUCUUCUACCCUGUCAGCCGCAUCUCUGAGAGGUAUGACAUCAAGGCCUGUGAGCUGAGCCGCUGGGUGGAGCCAGUCCCAGAGGGCAGCCCCCUUCUCCUGGUGCUGAAGGACCUCAACUUUGAGGGCAAGACCAUUCGCCUGGGGCCCCAGCGGAACUGGUUCCUCCGCCAGAUGGAGCUGGACACUGCCUUCCUGCGGGACCUGAACAUGCUGGACUACAGCCUCCUGGUGGCCUUUCAGCUUCUCCAUGAGGAUGAAAAGGACCGCUACAGCAUUUUCCGCACCUUCAGGUCCGUACAUGGUGCACCAAACUCGGGGGGGCCGGAGGGCCAGAACCGCCGGCUGCUGCCCGAUGUUCCCAACGCCCUCCAUAUAUUGGACGGGCCAGACCAACGUUAUUUUCUGGGCUUGGUGGAUCUGACCACUGUCUAUGGCUUUCGCAAACGGCUGGAGCAGCUGUGGAAGAUGAUGCGCUAUCCAGGCCAGUCCUUCUCCACCGUCAGCCCGGCUCGCUACGCGCGUCGCCUCUGUCAGUGGGUGGAGACGCACACCGAGUGACUCCCACCUGUCUGCAUCCUCCUCCUCUAGACAAUGGGCAUGUGCCCACCCGCAAUAAUUUUCCAGCGGUACCCAGGGAGUAGCAUGCAGUUCCUCCUGUUAGCCACAGGACGGCAGCAUUCCCUAACUAAUGCUGUAACUACUCAGCUCCAUUCGGUGAUGGUGCUGUGCCCUGUUUAAAGCAAGGAUUCC